CCUUAUUGGGGUUGUGGCUUUGUGUGUGGAUCAUAAAAUAUUUUAUAGCGCCAGUUGUUACUGCUGCUCAUCGCCUGGGAGAGCUGGGAUGAAGCGGAGGCUGUUUACUGCAAGGAGUAGACCAUAUUCUAACGUGUGGUAUUGCAGGUCCUGUGUGGUGGCUGAUCAGUAACGAGCUUGGUUUCCUUUCUGAUAUGUUGUGAUCACUUUGCUGUCAGUGUGUCUUGAUGUGCAGACUCAUCAGAGCAUGCUCCAUUACCCAUGUGUUAUACAGCUGUACCCUAGGGAAGCAUUGGGGUUAUCAUAACAUACUACCUCUGAAUGAUCUUGUGAUUUGCUGGGAUCCAGCUUACCAUUAUAAUAACUAAACAAACCCAUGCUAUCUGGUAAACAUCUACCAAUGCUAUGCAUCUGACCAAUGCAGUUGUUAUAUAUUGUUUAAAACAGUACUAUUCAAUACAAACCAUUAUACAUAAGUAUGCAGUAGCAUACACUCUACUAAUAUAUAAAUGCACAAAAUGCCUAAACAGAAUACAUUUUGCAGAAAAAAAUAUGGGAAAUGGAAAGGUUUGCCACAUUUGCUCACUUUUUAUAGCUUGAGCAAAUAAUAUGUAAUCACCAAGUAGGGUGGUCAGUUUAUAAGAUGUAGAAGGGGCCAUGAGUGAAUGAUCAUUUACUUUUUUGAGUGAAAGAAGCGAAUGAGGAAGGUGUUAAGAUUGGGUUUGCUGUCUGCUUGUGAUUCACUGCAGGCAGAACAAAGCGCUGUUGCUGCUCUGCUUCCUGCUUGUCGCCUCCUGCCUGCAAAACACUGAACACUACCAGCUGAUAUCAUCAUGCAGACACUGGAAAGCAAAACCCAUUGACAGAUCCAGAUUAAGAAAUUAAGAAGAACUCCAAAUAGCAUUUUUGAAUCUCUAAUUGCAUUCAAGGAAGCUGAUCAAGUGUAUAAUGGAAACACUAUCCCAGGAUUCUCUAUUGGAAUGCCAGAUUUGUUUCAAUUACUACAGUCCAAGGAGAAGGCCAAAAUUGCUUGAUUGCAAACAUACGUGUUGUUCAAUUUGUCUACAACAAAUGAGGGCUAGUCAGAAAGACCUCAGAUGCCCUUGGUGUAGAGGUGUUACAAAGCUGCCCCCCGGAUAUUCUGUGUCACAGCUGCCAGAUGACCCUGAUGUUGUUGCGGUGAUAGCGAUUCCACAUACUUCAGAAAACACUCCAGUUUUCAUUAAACUACCUAGCAAUGGAUGUUACAUGUGGCCACUGCCUGUCUCAAAGGAAAGGGCUUUGUUACCUGGUGAUAUUGGCUGUCGACUGUUGCCUGGAAACCACCAAAAACCAGUCACUGUAGUCACCAUGCCAAUGGAACAGCAGCCUUUGCAAGGUGGAAUUCCACAGGAUAUGGCAGAAGAGGAACAUGAACGAAGAGGAGUUGUUAAAAGCUCUACUUGGUCUGGAGUUUGCACUGUGAUUUUGGUAGCCUGUGUAUUGGUCUUCCUUCUUGGAAUUGUCCUUCAUAACAUGUCUUGCAUUUCCAAGCGCUUUACAGUAAUUUCCUGUGGCUGAAACAGACUCCACUUUGCCAUUUUUCGGUUUUUAAAGUAGGGCAGUGAUAGCACAGACGUAUACUGCAGCUUUGCAAACUUAUGUUAUAGCAAUUACAGCAUGGUGAGGACUUUAACAAAGGAAAGGAGCCCUUUGAGUAAAAUGCCCCUGUUUGGCACCGUGGUUAGAGUUAAUGAAGAUUGCAUGCACAGUCAUCAUUUCUUCACUGAACAGGACUUGUAGCAUUUUUGGCUGUAGAGUAGGAAGAUUGUAAUCCACUUAGAUCAUUGUUCUAUGGCCAUAUACAUCAGACAUUUUGACCAAGCAAGUUUGUUUCAGCCUUAUGAUUUUAAAACGCAUAAUGAUAGUUUUAAUGAUAGUUUUAAAGGACAAAGGAAAUUGUAUUUUCCCCUCAUUCCAUGAUGCUUAUAGAAUUUACUCUUGGACAGUUACUGUGUUUAUAUUGACACAAAUACAAAGUUACAAUAGCCAUUAAAGACAGUGAUAUCUACCUACAUCUCAGGUCUUGUAGUAGCAAUUAAUGUAAAACUGUCACUAAGAGGAUUUUUAUGAUUAUUGCUGUAAGAAAGGUGUACUGCUACAAGUGGAUCAUUUUUGUUUGUCUUUCAUUCUAAAUUCUUUAUUUUUUCAGGUUACUUAUUAAAAUGGUGAGACCGAAUGUUAUAGAUAUCCUAUUCAUGAAUAAUUUUCACUUUUUGUAGGCUUGUACAUGUAAAUAUGUUAAACUGUGAUGCACGUUUUUUCAUGUCACAUUUGUGGCCCAUGAUGGAAAAAUGCUCAUUCUUUUGCAAUAAAGGAAUUAUAUUAAUGUUA